ACUAACUCUGGGAAACGUAGAAAGCGUUGGCAAAAUGAGCGGGUUUUAGACAUCAUGUUAGAAUACUAAUCCAACUGAAGCUCAUUUGAAGACGCUCUGCCCUUCGCACCAACAUUUCAAAAGUAGCGAGCAGAGGUAAAGCAUGGCAAUGACCGGCCAGAGCUCGUGCUCCUCCAUGAGUAACCACACCAAGGAGCGGGUCACCAUGGCCAAAGUAACGCUGGAAAACUUCUAUAGCAACCUCAUUGCACAACAUGAGGAGAGAGAGAUGAGACAACAGAAGUUGGAGAAAGUGAUGGAUCAGGAGGGGUUGGCGGAUGAAGAGAAACGUAUCAGACGCUCUCAACAUGCAAGAAAAGAGACAGAGUUCCUUCGCCUAAAACGAACUCGACUGGGUCUGGAUGACUUUGAGUCCUUGAAGGUGAUUGGUCGUGGAGCUUUUGGAGAGGUGCGUUUGGUGCAGAAGAAAGACACAGGUCAUGUUUAUGCCAUGAAGAUCCUCCGCAAAGCUGAUAUGCUGGAAAAAGAACAAGUCGGUCACAUUCGUGCUGAGCGUGAUAUUCUGGUGGAGGCAGACAGUCUCUGGGUGGUUAAAAUGUUCUACAGCUUCCAGGAUAAGAUGAACCUUUACCUCAUCAUGGAGUUUCUGCCUGGAGGCGACAUGAUGACGCUGCUGAUGAAGAAGGAUACAUUGACAGAAGAGGCCACUCAGUUCUACAUCGCAGAGACAGUGCUGGCCAUAGAUUCUAUUCACCAGCUGGGCUUCAUCCACAGAGACAUCAAACCAGACAACUUGCUGCUAGACUCCAGGGGUCAUGUAAAGCUGUCUGACUUUGGUCUGUGCACAGGACUGAAGAGAGCUCAUCGCACGGAGUUCUACAAAAACCUGAACCACAGCCAGCCCAGUGACCUUACCAAGCAAACCUUUCAGAACAUGAACUCCAAGAGGAAAGCAGAGACAUGGAAGAGAAACAGGAGGCAGCUAGCUUUUUCCACAGUGGGAACGCCAGACUACAUCGCUCCAGAAGUCUUCAUGCAAAAUGGAUACAACAAGCUGUGUGACUGGUGGAGCCUGGGUGUCAUCAUGUAUGAGAUGCUGAUAGGUUACCCCCCGUUCUGCUCUGAGACUCCUCAGGAGACGUACAGGAAAGUGAUGAACUGGAGAGAGACUCUCAUCUUUCCUCCUGAAGUUCCCAUUUCAGAAAAGGCCAAAGACCUAAUUCUCAGGUUUUGCUGCGAGGAAGAACACAGGAUUGGUGCUACAGGUGUCGAAGAGAUCAAGUCUAAUCCUUUCUUCGAGGGCGUGGACUAUGACCAUAUCAGGGAGAGACCUGCUGCCAUUCCCAUAGAAAUAAAAAGCAUUGAUGACACCUCACACUUCGAUGAGUUCCCAGACUCGGACAUUCUCACGCCAACAAACACACAGGUAUCCAAUCAGACAGAGGUUGACCUGAAAAACAAGGACUGGGUCUUCAUCAACUACACGUACAAACGCUUUGAAGGUCUGACUGCUCGAGGAGCAAUACCAUCCUACAUGAAGUCAGGAAAGAGAUGAGCACCUUCUCAAUGGCUUUUUUUUAAUUCAUCAUCCCAUCCCAAACCCAAAUAAAUCUCCCCAGCGCCCCCUGCUUUCUGAAGAAACUAAAAGAGAACGCUUCUUGUUCUCUAUGAUGCUUGACUGACGAGCGUCUCGUCAGUCGGGACCCUGCAAAUAACAAAGGGGCUCAGUUUCAUCUGUCACAUCCACCAUAGGACGGCCGUUCUCUUUAUCUGCAGGUUUGAAUUAUUUCCCAAUGCUUCCGAGGGUACCGCUCUACUUCCUCCUUUUUCCUGGGAACACAUCUGUUGGAUUAUAAAGUGAUUGUGAUUCUUCUUCUCCAGCUUUUCCUCCAGCAGUGAAUGUAGCGAGAUGUCCUCUCUCCUGAAACCAGCAUUAUCUACAUUCCCUGCCUACAAACCAGCACUAGUUUGUUUUACCUGGACCAGGACAUCCGCUCCACUCACUGCUCCACGUUGACUUGUCAACUUAAACAUUGUUUCGCCGAUCACUUGAAGUGAGUCCGGUGGUCUUCAGGGAUUCUGUCCACAAUUUUCUUGUCAUUUCCCAAAAGAGCGUAAAGUGCUCUUUAAGAGGAACCAACCAAAGACUGUUUCUGUCACUUCCUGCAGCUUCCACAUGUCCUUUUAUGGACUGAUGCUCCGAAAACCUUUAAAUGUAUGAAUAUGGGAAUGAUGCAUUUUGUGGAACUUUUACACAUUUUACACUAUGAUCACUUAGCUUUAGCACCUUCUUUGUGUCUGACUUCCAGUUUGUGGCUGGACAGGAAAUGGAAACAUGAUUCCACGCUUGGCUUCACUGAUGCUAAUGCUGGUUAGGUUGACCAGCUGUAAGAAAAUCUAGUGCCUAAUUGGGGAAAAAAUAAGAUGCAUAUUCAGAUGACAUUACCAUUUUUUAUUUUUUAAAAAUUAGAUUUUAUUACAUAUUUUUUAUUUAAGGCCUUUGCACAUCACCAGCUAUGUGCUCAAUGUCACUUUGAGCAAAUGAUGUUCCUUAAUGUUAGAAGGAAGCCAUUUUGAGUUAUUGUAGAUUUUCAUAAGAUUUGCAAGAACAUUCAGUGGAAAUAAGAAAAAAACAUUUACAUUAUGGUUUAGAUUAAAAUGUCUGGAUGUUUGCCAAAGCAUUGGUGCAAAGGUGAAACGCAGUGUAGAUGGUUAUAUUUUGCUUUUUUUCCUGUGAACAUCCUCAAAAUAAUAUAAAUACUAUGCAACAUAAGGUGGUUUCUUACAGAACACCAAUGUGCAAUGUUUUACUUAAUAAUUACAGAGCAAGACUACUUAAAACCAAGUGUUUUUACAGUUGACUACAGACUAUUGCUAACAUGUCCUGUAGUAAUUUAUUGACAUGAGGUUCUUGUAAGGAACUACUAGGUUGCACAACACAUAAUGAUAUUUUGAGCAUGUUACGGGUCGUGGGACUCGCUCUGUCUGCCUCCAGAGUUAUGCUUCAAAACAGCUGCUGUGGACUUAAAAAAACAACCAGGGCAGUUGUGAUUAAUUGUUAUAUGUUGGACCAAAUAUUCUGGUGUGGUAUUUCUCUUUGAGUCCCUCACAAGGAAGCUUGAACACUUACUAAAUGAUUGAAGAAUACAGUCGGUGCAGAUGGGUCCAGAGAAACACAUUACAGUUUAGGAAAUUAGUUUUUACAAAUGGCACGACACACACACUUAUCUGAUGUGCAAAGGCCUUUCUGAUUUUAUAUGUAAUAAGGCAGGGGUUCAUAUUUUUUUCGUCUUAGCUCUAUUGGUGUUUUCCUGGGUUAAAUUUGACGUUGCUGAAGGUCGUGUUAAGAUUCUGUUAAAUCUAGGAGUACAGGACUCAACAUUUCCGGUCCACACAAUAUCCAAAAUGCUGUCAUUUUAAAUGAAUGUACAUGAUGUUUUAUUACGUUUUUAUUCUCAAGAAGAGCGUUUUGUUUUUUUUUGCCACAUUUAUUCUUAAAUGCUGUUUUGGUGACUAGUCUGGACUUAUAUGUUCCAUCUUUACUCUGAGCUGUGACAGUGGAAGCUAAUACUCUUUGAGGUCUCAGUGUGAAAAUAUGAAAAGAUCACAUUUAUGAUGAAAUCACUUUAUUCAGAUUAGGUUUUGGCCCAGUCAACUGAAGACAAUAAUUGACCAUUUGAACUCAUCUGAUGGGUUUGUCUCAGAGAGUCGCAAUGAUGUCAUGAUCUUCAGUUGGUGAGUUAGGAUGUCCCAUUUUAAUAUAUUUAAUAUAUCUAGGACUAGCUUAAUGUCAGAAUGUGGACAAAUUGGCAUUUAUUUUUCCUAUUUAUUGAAUUGAAACCUUUUGGCUGCAGGACAACAUCUCUACCCACAGCCAUCCACAUGAUUAAACUGUAGGGUUUUUAGUUGCCACAUUUAUCACAAGCUUCACUUUGAUCAUUUUAUUCUCAUUCCUACUGUUUACUGUUGGCCUGAUGUUUCUGACAGGGAGACGCUUCUCAGAGGUGGCUGCUCAGCGUGAAGAUUUUUCCUUCUCAUUGUCUUCAUGCUCAGAUUUGAGGUCUGUCAGUGUGUAGAUGAAGCUCAGCAGCACAUUAGAACAUGUUAAUCAAAGCACAGUGGAGCCUUUUAGAUGUUCUCACCAAACAGUAGAGCAUGUGUCCUGGUGUCGUUGAUGUGGCAGCGAGUGAGUGAAAUUUUAAGAUGGUGUGUUGUGAUCAUGAUCAGGAAGAAAAUAUCGAUGUAAUGCUAGAUGCAUGUGGUUUUUACUAAGCAGUGCUAAAGCAGAUGAGUGUGUAUGUUUAUUUUGAGUGUGGGGUUGAGCUGGGAAGGUGGGUGUACAUUAUUUAAACCACUGUUCUCUCUGGAGUGUGGCUGUUUUUUUUCUGCUCUUUGACAAUGAAUUAUUCUGCACUUAA